ACAAGAAAAGAGGCAGAGCAACCUUCAGCCCAGCGGGCGCAGGAGGAGGAGGAGGGUCGACUCUGACGAGCGCCCCAGGAUGGGAAAGGGAGUCCCCUCGGCGGCGGGUAUCUCCCUUGUCAAUGGCCCAGUUUGAUCAUCCAAGUGUAUGACAUCCUUUUUGCUUCUAAAUGGAAUCUGAAAAUCAAAGCAGCAAAUUAGGACCAAUUACUCAAGAGAAAACCAGUCCUUCCUUUUUCCUCAAGUUGACAGAAUUUCUACAGUUCUGUCUCUAACGUUUAUUUGGACUGAGAGAAGGGGAACAAUCCUUCAUCAGAAACACAGAAGGGGAACAAUCCUUCAUCAGAACACUACUGUGGGUGCAAAUACAACUUUUCAGCAUUCAGUUAAUCAACCAGAUGUAACCGGUGUGCCUUACUUAGCUUUGCACAUUACACCUGUUACAUGUUUUUUAACAGGUAUCUGCUUUAGCUCUCUUAACUGUGGAGUCUUGAAAAUGAAUUACUUUCCCCAAGUUUCAGAUUACUUUAAUAGUUAAUGGAAUCACUCUGGAACUUACAAUUAAAAAAAAUAUUAAUUCCCAGAGUGGUCUGUUUGGAAGAUGUAAUGUUAUAUUAGUUUAUAGUGCAACAAAUUAGAAUUCAUAUUAUGGCUGCAACCUAUAGGCGUGUAGUAACAACAGCCAAUUGUUACAGCAGUGUUGUGAUAGAUCGCCGACUCCAACACGCUGUGCAUUACUGCUCUGGGGCAUGUCAGGUAUUCAGGCAAGGAGUUAUGUGCAUAGUGGCACACCACAGUGUUUGUGCAGAGUUAAUGAAGGUUCCUACACCAGACUUUAGACGUUCAGAUCUGACCCGUAGGCUUUCAGUGCCUGAAAAUUCCCUUGGCUUGGCUGGGGAUGAAGAUUAUCACCAAAUUCUCCCUAGUAAUCCAAGACUCAAAAAAGGAUCUUCAGUUCAAAGCACUGGAAACCUGAAGAAUAUCACUGGAGAAGCUAUAAAUCUUGCUAGUGGAAAAAUUAAAGAAUUCUCAUUUGAAAAGCUCAGAAGUUCUUCCAAUCAUGUGACCUACAGAAAGGGAAGAAAAGUUAAGUCAGACCCAUUCAACAGAAGGUCACUAGAUUUUGACUUAAUCUAUGGGCAUUUCAGCAAUGAUGAACAUUCUCCCCCUCCCUUUGGCCUGUCACAGACUUCCUCACCUGAGGAGAAAUGGCAGAUUAGCAGGACCUCACUAGAAGGAAAUGUGAAUUCUAUUUUUCCCAUGCCUUUACAAACUUUCUCUGAGGACAGCUUUAUCACACAGAUUUUGGAAAAGCACAAGUUGGAUGGUUCUUCCAGUGGAGAUAUCAAGAUGUGCUUGGACAUCUUGCUCAAAUGCUCAGAGGACUUGAAAAAGUGUACUGAAAUAAUAAAGCAAUGCAUCAGGAAAAAAUCUUCAGGAAGCGUCAGUGAGGGAAAGAGUAAUGAUCCCUUAGUCAACUCUGAAAUUAUCUAUAUGAAUUUAAUGACAAGGUUUUCUUCUUACCUUAAAAAACUGCCUUUUGAAUUUAGACAGCCUGGACUCACUGAGCCUGGUGACAUGGUAGAACUGAUUAACAGUUUGUCUGCUUUGCAACAGUCUCAUUUCCCCCCAAUAUUUGGUAAUGAGCAGCCACCUAGAUAUGAGGAUGUUGUACACUCUCCAUCCUCCAUAACAAGGCAGUCUGUUAGUACAGACUUGCAAGGUAGCCAGAACACCACUGAUAAAAUUGGCUUAUCAAAACCUAUUCAAAUUCUCAAUGUAGAUUUCUCCUCAACUGAUUUACAUAAUGACAACCAACAGGACAACUUAGGAUCUAAAAAUGACAAUUGUUUACUACCUCAGUUGCUAUCUGUAAACCCAUCAGGCUGCGUAUCUUCCAUGGAAACUCUGUAUAUUGUGGAAGAAUCAGACAGACAGAAGGAAUUAGGCAGUGUAUCAAAUGCUAAGAGUAGAGGAAGCUGGGAGAAUUCAGAAAGCAGUCGGCAGAGAGUUGAAAGGGAAGUUCCUGCUGUGGACUCUACUAAAAAAAUGCCUACUGUAGGGCAAUCUGUAACACUGGCUCAAACUUCCACCCAAGCAACCUCUGUCAAUCAAGACAUUGAUGCUACUGCUCACAUUUCUAAAGAAAAAUGUAGAAAAAACAACCAAGAAGAGAUAGACAAACUUCUGUUGGACUUGGAGCAUUUUUCUCAGAAAAUGGAAACUACCCUGAGAGAGACUUCUAGUAAGGAUGGUGAUACUGCAUGUUUAAGGGAUAUUGACCUAUCUCGGACUCUUGAAAACAAAAGUAAAGCCUGCCCUCUCACAGACAAAAGUGCUUCUCCCUCUUUAUCAAAAGUCAUAGAAACCAAUGGUCAUAAAAUGGAGGAAGAAGACAAAACCCUUUUAUUACGUAUCCUGGAGAGUAUUGAAGACUUUGCCCAGGAGCUUGUAGAAUUUCGAAUGGGUAAAGGAAGCUUAUCAAAAGAGAAUGAAGUGAUGUACAUUCUUCAGGAAACUUUGGCCACUCCCUCUGUUACAGCUGUCCCGCAGAGCUACCCAGCCACAGUAGUCAAAGAACCUAUUGCAGCGCGAAUUCAACAGACAUCAGAAGAUAUCAAGGUCCAAAAUAAAGAGAAGAAACCUGUGACUCCAUCCCCUGCUCCUGCAAAUUCAACCAUCAACCCGCCAUCUCUUCUGCCUGCAAGUAAAGUCAUCGUUGGUACUCCUUUGUCCAUAAACAUUCCACGUUUCUACUUCCCCAAUGGACUUCCUAAUGUCUGUAGCAGUCACGAGGAGACCAUUGCCAAGAUUGAGGCAGCCUUUUCAGAGUUUGAAGAUGAGAGAGCCACCAUUAGCGAAAUGGGGAAAAUUGCAAAGAUAUGCUGCUGCCCUUUGUACUGGAAAGCUCCCAUGUUCAGUGCAUCAGGAGGAGAGAGAACGGGAUUUGUAUCAGUACAUUCAUUUGUGGCUAUGUGGAGAAAGAUAGUGCAAAACUGCCAUGAUGAUGCAUCCAAGUUCAUUUGUCUUUUAGCAAAACCCAACUGUAACUAUUUGGAACAGGAAGAUUUCAUCCCAUUACUGCAGGAUGUAGUAGAAACUCACCCUGGCCUGACAUUUCUAAAGGAUGCUCCAGAAUUCCAUUCCCGCUACAUUACUACGGUUAUUCAAAGAAUAUUUUACACAGUCAAUAGAUCAUGGUCUGGGAAAAUCUCUCUAACAGAGUUAAGGAAAAGUAACUUCCUUCAAACCCUAGCCCUCUUAGAAGAAGAGGAAGACAUAAACCAGAUCACUGAUUAUUUUUCUUAUGAACAUUUCUAUGUCAUUUACUGUAAAUUUUGGGAACUGGACACUGACCAUGACCUCUAUAUCAACCAGAAAGAUCUAGGUAGAUACAAUGAUCAAGCUCUGUCAAGCAGGAUUAUAGAGAGAAUAUUCACUGGAGCUGUGCUCAGAGGAAAUCAAAUACAUAAAGAAAACCAGAUGAGCUAUGCAGAUUUUGUAUGGCUUUUGAUCUCUGAAGAAGACAAAAGAAGUCCCACAAGUAUUGAAUACUGGUUCAGAUGCAUGGAUUUAGAUGGCGAUGGCAUGCUCUCCAUGUAUGAACUGGAGUAUUUUUAUGAGGAACAGUGUGAGAGGAUGGAAUCCAUGGGCAUUGAGCCAUUGCCAUUCCAUGAUUUACUGUGCCAGAUGCUUGAUCUAGUGAAGCCAGAAUAUGAUGGUAGAGUUACUCUGCGAGACUUGAAGAGAUGCAGAAUGGCUCAUGUUUUUUACAACACAUUCUUUAACCUUGAAAAGUACCUGGACAAUGAACAACGGGAUCCCUUUGCUGUGCAAAAGGAUGUUGAGAAUGAUGGCCCCGAGCCCUCCGACUGGGAUAGAUAUGCUGCUGAGGAGUAUGAAAUUCUUGUUGCUGAAGAGUCAGGCAAUGAGCAGUUACAAGAGGGAUCCUUUGAUGAUGACUAUGAAACAGAUGAACUCUUGUCUCUACCUGAAAUUGGAGAAAAGUCAGACAAAUUAGUUAUCUCAGACCUUUCAGCAUAAAGAUACUGAAUACCAAUGGGUCACUAGAGUCUGGUAUAUUGACUGGAAGAGUCCUCAAUUGUUACAUUUCAGGGAUUUUUUUCUUGAAGCGACAACUGUUUGAUACAAUAACACUGUUUUUAAUUAAUGGCAUGCUUCUGCAGUAUGGUAACUUCCAAAGACAUAGUGGUUAAGUGUGACAAAGUUUUGUAAACUAUUAAAAAAAACCCAGAUGGGCUAUACCCCACAAAGUAGUGCCAAAGAGACAAUAUGUAGGUGCAGGAAAAUAAAGAAUUUAAUACAAGUUCAAUAAAUUCUUUAUUUUCCUGAACUAUGUAUUCUAUUCCCCCCUUUUAUAUUUAGAAACUGCUCUUUCAGUUUCCUUAUCUUAUUAUGUGGUGGUGGUGGUGGUGGUGGAGGAGGAGAGUGCUGUCAAGUCAUAGCUGACUUUAUGAUGACCCCUGGUAGGGUUUUCAUAGCAAGAGAGUAACAGAGGUGGUUUGCCAUUGGUGGCCUCUGCAACCCUGGUGUUCAUUGGAGGUCUCUCAUCCAAUUACUAACCAAGGCCAACCCUGCUUAGGUUCCAAGAUCUGACAAGAUCAGGCUUUCCUGGGCUAUCCAGAUUAUGCAAUAACUCACAUAAAUGUAAAUGCAUACAAAAACCAUGUUCUAUUUUUCCAGAUUACUUCAGCACCCUUAUAGGUAUUGUUGGAUAAAUAAUGACAAGAGGCCUUUCAAAUGAAUGCCAUUGAGUUUAGUUGUAAAAUAGUAGAGUCCAGUAGCACCUUUAAAACUAACCAACUUUAUUGUAGCAUAAGCUUUCAAGAACCACAGCUCUUUUUGUCAGAUGCACGCAUGGUUAGUCUUAAAGGUGCUACUGAACUCUUUACUAUUUUGCAACUACAGACUAACACAGUUAACUCCUAAGGAUCUAUUGAGUUUAGUUGAAUCCCAUUUAAAUUUCAUGCUUUUAAAAUAGUUGUUCUUAGAAAAACAACUGUUGCGGUUUAUGGUUGGAGUUUCCUUUCACUUUGUGCUUUUCUGCACAAUCCCAAAAAGUGAGCUUCUACUGCAUAUGUAGUCUAAUUGAGCAUAAAACCCCUGCCAGUCUCUUUAGAGAUGCAGCAGUACUAUAUCCUAUACCAACAUAAUCAAGCACAUACUGCAGGAGAAUGUCUCAAGAUACUGCUGCAUAAUAUGUUAUGCUGCAUAAUAUGGCCCAGCUAAUCCCCAUUGUUCAUCAUUUUUUUAGUUUGAAAAAGGUUGAAUAUUCUAGUGCUGUGUAUGUGUGCAGUUUUCCAAACUUUUUAAAAAAGCCCAUAAGAGCAGCAUGCUCAGAAGACUGCAGGGAAAUAGCCUUGCAAGUGUUUUUAAAAAACUGGUAUAGUAGUGGUAAAUCAGUCUCCGUCCGUACAGCAGGAAAACUUAAGAUAUCUAAGACAUUAAACAUGCAUUUAAAAAUGGCACAGGUGAUGGGGAGGGGAAAGCUGUAAUUGCACAACAUGGUUCAUAACACAAGCAAUAUCCCACACGUGCACUUGCACAACAGCAUUCCACAUGACGAUCAAAAAACUAAUGUUCUUCCUCAGGAAAGAAACACAUUUUCCUAGUAAUGACACAUUGCAGUUUGAAUGGUAGAAAAAUAUUCCAUCUCCAACACAAAGCACAAUGUUGAGGAAAGACAUGUGGACUGUGCAGUAUAAAUAUGAUGCAAUUGUAUAUUUAUUAUGUAUAAACAAAUGAUUAUAUGGGAAAUCCUUCUUGUAUAGGGCUGUGGGUGACUGCUGCUUCAUGGAUAACUUUUAUAAAGGCAAGUCAUUUCACUGCUGAAUACUAAGUACUCAUGAGCUAACUGCUAUACUCACAGCAUCAGUGCAUCAUCUUAUUUGUUGUGUUCUUAUGUCCCUACUAGUAAGUUGCUCCCCAUCCUCAGCAUUUAUUCACUGGCAAAGCAGGUUUUAGGACUAGGCACUAAAUGCCUUCCCUUGAAAUCUCCUGAGACUUGUAUCCGUCUUCAAAACUCUGUUUCAGUACAAAUCCCUUGAAUAGAAAUGUUCUUUAUGCAGGGAAAAGCAAUCAUAUACAGAAUUAUCCAAGUCUAAACCCAUUGAUGUCAUGCUGGAAUAAUUUAGUAUCAGACUCCACUGUUAAGCUUUGUAACCGUCGUCUAGUUGGCUUUGGGAACUGUCAGUUCUGUGUAAAUUUCACAGCAGAGACAUUAUUUUUCACUGACUUGUCAGAAACACUACAGAAAUUUACUAUUUCACUUUGUUUUUAUGUAAAAACUUAAGAAUACCAGCAUGUCCAAGUUAACUUUUCCUUUUACAGGGCUUAAUUUGUGCCAGGGUUCAGUUUCAGAACUUAUGUUAAGUGCCAAGGCUUAACUAAAUAUAGGUGAUAAUGCAGUACCAAAAAGGAAAAAUAUAUCUGAGCCCUUGCAGACUGCUUUUCCCACACUAUGAAGGAUGCCCAUCAAGUCUCCAUACUGGAAGAAAGAAUUAUGUUAGAAGCUGUGACUUUCGGGCAAGUUUACUCCCCAGUAUCUUUCUUUAGCAAUAAAAUACUGCCCUCUUGUGAUGUUCUCUGUACUUAUACUUCCAUUCAUGUUGGCAAAUGCACUUUAUAAAAUUGUUUGCCUCUAGUAGUUGCAUAAAAUGUAGUUACAUAAAUCUAAGUAAGAGUUACUAAUGCAAAAUAGACUUGAAAGUAUAAAACUCUUACAGGUUUAAAAAUAGUAUCAGUUGUAUUUAAUUCCAGGCCAGGUAUUAUAAGCCAAAGUGUUCUAGAAGGGGAUGAAAAUGUGUUUGCUGCAAUGGUAAACAAAUUUUCCUAUAAGCGUAUAUAGGGGAGACCAUUAAGCAUUCUAAUCUCCAUCUAAGGGCUGGCAGAUAAAUCUGACUCAGAGGCUGAAAACAAUCUAACCAUCACAACCUGCAUAUAAUGGAUUUUAUGUAACUGUAGGUGAAACAGUCUAUGAAAUAGUACUGUGAUCAAUAAUAAUGGUAUGUAUGUAUCCUUUAAAAAGGUGAUUAUUGAUAAGACAAGAGUUAACAAAAAUUCUUUGGCUGAUAUCAUCUACAUCCUUUUAUCUUCUAAAAAGACUUUAUUCAUGUGAAUUGCCCGCUUUUCUAUGAUUUUCCUCAAAGGAAAUUUUGAUUUUAGGAGUUUUAGUGCUCCCGUAGUUUAUCCCUGAGCUGAUAGAAAAAUGAUUUGUCAUGUAAUCAUUUUUCCAGUAUAUUGGUUUUUUAUGUCAGAACAUCUGUGCCAGCUUUACAGUUCUCUACCAAGGAUCUUGCAGAUGUUAUUGCUAAAACUGAGUAUCAGUUCAUCAAUGGUGUAUUAGUUACUUUAUUUUUGUCUGUUCACUAUAGAACAGGUGAAUUAAUAAAGUAUAACUUAAGCUGUAUUUUUAGUGAAACCAACCAUACAUUUUAUGAACCAAAGCCUGUUUCAUCUGAAACUAUGCUACACUACUAGACCCCUUUGCAGUUUUUGUUGAAGCUGACUAACAGGCAUUUAAUUAUAAUUGAUAUGCGCAUUGCAUCUGGCUAGGAAAAAUGUAUUAAGUUACUUAUGAUUUUAUUUUUAUAACACUGAGACAAUAGGAUGAGUUUUCUAUAUUGUAAAAUACUCAUAUUGGAUAGUUUAGUCUCACUUGAACACAAUUGGAACAAUAAUCCCUACAUUGUAUUUCCAGUCUUGCAAUGCACCUGCUAUUAGUACAGCUUGAUGAACUUAUUUUUUUUGCAAAAUACAUUUUCAGCUUUGGGUGAUAAUCUGUACAGAUGUUUUAGCCGCAUUUUAAAAGUUUAAUUUUUAUCUGCUCUUAAUGCUGUAUAUCAGUUUUCUUGUCUGAAGAGUGGAAACAAUACCACUACCUCAUAAGAAAGGGGUUAAGAUAAUUCAGUUAGUAAUAUUGUAAAAUUCCUUUCAAUACAGGGCUCAAGCAAUACCUUGUAAGUAAUGCAAGUCUUUUUGUGCCUGUUUGGGACAAAAUCUGUCUUCCAUUGGGUAAAGAAGGGUGAGAGAUGAACAUUGCUAGGAAAAAUAUAUACUGUAACUGGUAUCAAGUGUAUACCCAGUAUUGUUUUUGAAUGCAUAAUCAACCACAAUGGAUUUAUUUGGACUGCUACUAAGAGGCAGUAUUGUGCAAAAGACAAAACAGCUGGGCUGAAUUCUAAACAGUAUCAGGUUUAUUGAUAAAAAGUGGGUUUUUAUAGAAUUUGACAGACCUCAACUGUCUGGAAUAAACGUCAAAGCUAUUCCAAGAAAGCUCCAAGAGCACCUUGUGUUUUAGCUUAAAAUAUAGAAACUUAAAAGACCAAAAAGACUAUUCACAAUGCCAAAAGUUUUGCUAAGAAAAAUCUUUUAAAGUCACAGUAUGUCUAUGCAAAAAUGAGUUAAUGAAGAGCAAAAGAGACUAUAAAAACGAAAUAAUUUGGAGCAAUGCUUGUAAUUAAAGUUUAUUUGUGUAUUUUAACUUGCUUUGUUAUAGUACGUGCUAAGAUUUGGAAGAAUUAUGAGAUGUACAAAAAGGUUGUGAAAUAUGAUUGAAAUAGUUGUGAUUACUUGUGCUGGGCAUGGCUUUGCCUUAGCUAUUUUACUUUGUAUUUCACUUUUUUGCAAUUAAAAAAACUUUUCAAAGUG